AUAUUGCUUCCUCCCUCCCCCAUUAACAAAUCAACAACCUGCAACCACCCUCUCUCUCUCUCUCUCUCAGUUUGCUCUCUCUCUCUCAUCAAAUUAAAAGGGCAUCCCUUGUUGCCACCUUGGUUUAAUUACCAACAUCGUCAUAGAGUUGUAUAUCAUUCUCUCUUACUCUAUAUAUACAUAUAGAAGCUAUUAUUGUUAAUUAAGCAUGGGCAGUUGUAGUGAAGAUCAUGGAAUGACAUCGCCGAUGGCGAAAAAGGCAGAGAUAGAUACAAGAGCGCCAUUCCGGUCUGUGAAGGAGGCUGUCAUGUUGUUCGGUGAAAGGGUUCUAGCUGGGGAGCUCUAUACCAACAAGCUCAAAGAGAUGCAAAAUGGAGAAAGUGAAAACGGUCAUGAACCUUCCAAGCUUGACACUGUGACAGCUGAGCUAGAAGAGACGAAGAACAGCCUCCAAAAAGCACAGGAGGAAGGUCUGCUAAUGGCUACUUGCCUCUCGUCUUUACAAGAAGAGCUGGAAAGGACAAGGCGAGAGCUCCAAGAACUGAAGGGAAGAGAGACUACCGAUCGGAUACAAAUGAUAGAGGUGGAGAUUGAAGACCUCAAGUUUGUGGAAGAUUCGAAAGAGUUCGAGGUCAAGAAACAAUCAAGUACUAAUGAAGGAGUACUGGAGUUUCAGAAGAAGAGAUACGUAACGUUCGCGAAUCCGCCAUCUCUAACUCAAGUUAUGGUGCCAAAAGGUGAUGCAGUGCUAGAAAGGCACCCUUCUCUCAAGAAGAAGAAAAAGAAGCCAUUGAUUCCACUUAUUGGAGGGAUUUUCUCUAAGAAAAAAGGAAGCUCCGAUGUCUCAUCACCGCGAUCGAGCUUGAUAUAAACGCCAUGAAAGCAAUGGAAAAUCUUUCAAUUUUUACUGAUGUAUAUCAAUCAGCCUAAAAUGAAAUGAGAAUUGAAUUAUGUAUGUAUGUGAGGCAUAAUUAGGUUCCAGGAGAGAGUCCAUUUAAGAAGGUAUCAAUAAAUAUCAUAAGGGACUUAUAUAUAUAUACUUGUAUAAUUGAAUCAAUGUUUCAUUUAAGCCACUGGUGUCAUAUGAGGAAUGAAAUGUUUUCCCUUCUUCGAUCAAAUGGCAAUGAUAUCUGCAGUUUUAAUUUC